CCUAGAGCUCGGGCAGGCGUUUGCUUCUGCUCUGGCAACAUCUGAACCAGCCUGGGAAACGAGCAGCUCCCAGUCUCGCUCCGCUACCGCUGCCAUGGUCACCAGCUGUCACCGAGCUCUCCGCGGCAGCUGGCCUGGUGGUAUUUAUCCUCUCAACUAUGUGUUUCCUCUGUAUUUCAAAUAUAAUUAAAAUUUAUCUGUUAUUUCUGUGCUACUAGUUCCCAUGGCAGAGAGAGGAAUCGUUCUGUUCCCCCACCGCUGUCUGUGUGUCUGGGAGAGGCAGCGAAGGUCGAUGCGGUGCACUGGGAUCUUGUCAGGAGCUGUGCAUGGUGUGGCAUCGGUGCAGGUGCCUGGUGGUGGGUAGGUGCCACUCUGGCAUUCUCGUGGUGUGCUCACGUCUGCCCGCUGCAGCCACCUUCCCCUGGCACUGCAGAGGGAAGAGAGGCCCAGCUGCAGCCUGGCAAAACCUCAGGACACGGAUUUGUGUUGUCCAAGGGAGGUGUGGGUGGGUGCUGCUGAUUGCCCAGCAAGGGGCAUGAGCUGCCUGGCUGCAGGGUGACCCCGAGUGUGCACAGGCAGGUCCCCCCCUACCCUGGCAGGGCUUGGUCUGCAGCCUGAAAAUGCAAUGUGGCAAGUUUCACAUAAACAAGAGGAAGAACUUUUCGGUGAGGGUGAGUGGGACAGGUUGCCCAGUGAGGCUUUAGAGUCUCUUUCUCUGAAUGUACUCAAAAGCCAUCUGAACAAAGCCAUGGGUACCCGGGGAACCCUCCUUCAGCAGAGAGGCUGGACUAGAUGACUUCUACUGGUCCCUUCCAACCUCUCCCACCCUGGGAUUCUGACUCUGUGACCUGUGGAGACGAGGCACAAACUCCCAGCAGCGCUGCCCACCCAGGGGCGACAGGUAAGGCGUGUGCUCCCCUGGGAGGGUCGGUGUGGUGCACACACGGGGGUGGAAGGGCACAAGGUCCGUGUGAGAGUGUCCCUGUGUCCGUGCGUGUCAGCUGGGCCCGUGUGCGUCUGUCCGUGCCCGUGAGUGUCUGCGUGUCCCUGUGUCUGUCUGUCCGUGCGUGGCGGUGCUGCGGCACCAUCUCGUGGCCAUCGGGACCGGUGGGGACAUGGGCGCUACGACAUUGACACUGGAAAGGGGUAAGGCGGAUGAAAACGUGCAGUAGUUUGUUUUUAAAUUUGCCAGGAAAAGUGCGAUGACACCCAGCAAGCAGAAGCUGAGCUUUUACAGGAGCGGGUGAAAAUGGAAGAAGUUUAAAUGCAAUCAGUGCAGUCACCCAUUGGGAAGCGAUGGAUAUCCUGUCAGUUUGUCUUUGCCCCAAAAUGAGCAUCCCACAGGAUGCCCUGCGCUAGCCAGGAGCUCUGGAUGUCACCACGAGAGGGUUUUUGGCUUGCACUGAGGUGCAGCACACAAAACUAGGGCCAGCGAGGUGUGGAGCUGUGGGACUGAGCACAGAGCCCGGGUGGUGGUGUAUCUGUUGAGCCACAGAUGUUUCACUGUUUGUAAGCAUCAAAAAAUGGCUUCAGAACUGCACUUUUAGCUACAUAAGGCAAAUCCUGAGUAAUGAAACAGCUGUCUGCUGUGUCAGUGUUUCUGAAACUGGUGAGUUACCCUGGUGGAGAUAUGGGAUCACAGAGACCAUUGCCUGCAAACAGGCUGGCCUGGAGAUCUUCAGCUUUCCCUGGCUGUGACGAGUCAAGUGGUGCCAGCAGAUAAUGCUGGGGAGUACGUGACCGCGUCCCUCCAAGGGGUUUCUGCCGUGGCCUCCUGCACUGGGGGCACAGCUCCUCUGCUGGCUCCCCGGCCGUCCCUUAUCUCCCCACACAGACGUGUCCUGACCUCACGUGAAACUGAGUCCCAUGCCUGGGAUGUGGAUAAAGAGCUGGCCAGGUGAUGAGACCCCCAUCCGCUGUCCUCACUCCUCAUAUGGCAUGGCUCCCCGGUGACCGAACGUGUUUGUAAGUGCUCAGACAUAGCUGUGAACUAAAAGUUGGAAACAUGGUCCCCGUGAGGUGCUCAGGCCAGUUAAAUCCCAAUUAAUGUGUUAGCUGAGUGUUUCCAAACGUUGCCAUGGAAGAAGUGGGCUCUACUAGUACGUGUGCGUCAGUGAUUUCGCUUCCUACCUGCAAGGACAAUGUACCAGCAUUUCCUUUUGCUUUUCCUCUUCUCCUUCAAUCCUCAUAAAUGUCAAGAUCAAAUCCCAGGUGAAGAUCCCUACGAAAUGCCCAAAGACUACCAGGAGGUCUACAGAGGGACAAAAAAUGAUGUCAAAGAGAUCCCAAAGAUUGCAAAGCCCUUUGUUUCUGAGAUGAUCUUUGUUCAAACCAGCGUCACUGCUAUAAGGAAAGGUGCUUUCAGGUACAUGCCCAACCUGAUCAAGAUUUUGUUCAUUGGGAACAAGAUCAAGACUGUUGAACCUGGAGCCUUUGAUAAUUUGGACAAGUUGAGGGAUUUGGACAUCUCUGGUGCUUCAUUAGAAGAACUAUCUGUGGGCACUUUCCAGAACCUCCCAAGUUUACAGAGGCUGGAGCUGAGAGACAGUCAGCUCAGAUCUAUCCCCAAAGGCCUGUUUGAUGGGCUGGAAAGUUUGGGAGAGCUCUCCCUGCACAUCAAUGCAAUCCCUUCUCUUCCAGAAGGCAUUUUUGAUUCUCUUGUCAAUCUAACUUUUUUGGACCUGUCUAGAAACAGGAUCACAACUCUUCCCGUGAAUGCCUUUAGCAAACUCACCCAGCUGCAAGUCCUCCGGCUGUAUGAGAAUGAGUUGCAGGACCUCCCAGAGGGACUGCUAAACAGUCAGCUGGAGCUGCUGGAGCUCAGCCUCCAGAGGAACAGGCUCAGGGCACUGCCCCCCAUGCUUCUGAGGACCCUGCCUCACCUGGAGAAACUCCUCUUGGACAACAACCUCAUCAGUGUUCUCCCACCUCAGGGCUUUUUUGGUUUAAACAAACUGAAGUUGCUGACUCUGGGCUCAAACCAUCUUAUGGAGCUCCCCUGCUGCCUUUUUGACACCGUGCCACACUUGCGGGAGCUGGAUCUGGGCAGGAACAGUUUGGCCACACUUCCAGAUGGCAUCUUUGUCAACCUGACAUCCCUUGGCAAACUCAUCUUGUCCCACAACCAGCUAUCAGCCUUGCCAAGAGGAGUCUUCUCUGGGCUCAACAAGCUCUUGGAUCUCCAGCUGGACACAAAUCAGCUCUCUGCUCUGGAUGAAGGGGUCUUUGCUUCUCUCCCAAGUCUGAAAACCCUCAACCUUCGAAAGAACCAGCUGGAGAGUGUUCCCCAAGGGCUCCUAGACCCCCUGAAGAAGCUCAGCUCAGUGUAUCUGAGUGGUAACCCAUGGAGAUGUGACUGCAACCUCUGCUACCUGCACCGCUGGAUCCUGGGCAACAGGGAAAAGGUCAAAUUGUCCACCCAAGUCUCCUGCAAAAGCCCACCCCACCUGGCAGGGCAAGCAGUAACACUGCUGAGGGACGAACAGCUGAUUUGCCCAGGUACUCUGCCACUCAACUCCACACCAUCACAAAGGACGUCAACAUUCCUGUCACGUGGAGCCGUGUCCACAGCAGCACCAACCGUGCUGUCAUUGGCAUCCUUUCCCAUCAGGACACUGCCAACCACUCUUUCACCUGUGGUCACUUCUGCUGUGUUGCCAGCCAUGCCAGUGGAGGCUGCCUUCACCACUCUGUCACCAACCAAGCCAUCUAAGGCCUUUGUCACCAUCCCACCACCAGCUGUGCUGCAGAAGAUCUUCAGUGCCAGCCCAUCAACAACCAAUGAUCCCAAGACCCCCAUCACCACACCAACAACCAGCGUGCCCGAGUCCUUCACCACCACAUCAUCACAGACUGUGCUGCCAGACACCUCUGUCACCAUGCCAUCAACAGCCACUGUGCCCAACUCCUUCAUCACCACAUCAUCACAGACCGUGCUACCAAAAGCCUUCAUCAGUACCUCAUCACCAACUGUGCUGCCAAAGGCCUCCACUGCCACGCCACCCUCAUCAGCUGAGAUGCCCAAGGCUUCCAUCACCACCCCAUCAUCGGCUGCUUCAAAUUCAGCCAUCGUAAGGCUACAGCCUCCUGGGGCCACCCACCACCACUCACCUGUGCCACCCCCUCUAGCUUCAGCCGCCACACUGGUGCCAACAAGCCCACUGGCAGCCACCACCAGACAAGAGCCUCCUGCUCUCACAGUGCCCAGGGAGAGGCCAGCCACCAUCCCACCCAUGCCCCCCCUUGUCUCAGCUUCCUCCAAGGCACUCUGGCCAUUCCCCAGGACUGCUGCUCUGGGCACAGUCCCGCCGGCCUCACAUUCACCAUCGCACCGUGCUCCUGCCCCAGGCAGGAAAUGGGGCUAUUCCACCACCUGUGACCUGUCCACAGCUGGUGCCCAGCCCACCCCCACUGCCCCCCAGCACGUUCCUGCCCCGGCAGGCACUGCCCUGCUCCCAACGCCUCCCAUCCCCGCACUGCCAGACAGCAUGAGCCCCUGUCCAGCCUCCCCAGCCCUGGCCCCCAGCACUCAUCGUGCCUGGGGCUCGUCCCUGUGGACUAGCCCAUGGCAAUGCCAGCUGUCCCUGGCCUUGGGGCUGGCCGUGCUGGCACUGCAGGCAGCCUGCACACUCCUGGGAGGGGUGAUCGCCCUUCUUCUUCACCAGGACACUCGCCACCACCCCGGGCCACCUGUGAGGCUGCUGAGCCUUCAGGCCCUGGCUUCUCCAGAGACCCCUGAGCCAGCCCCGGCACCACCUUGAGCUUUCCUGCCCCUGUACGACCUGGGCUGUGCCAGUUGUCCUCCUUUGGGGUCUGCAGCCGUGCUGGCCGCAGGGUGCGCUGUCCCUGGGAGGGGGUCCCGGCACCCAGCCUGAUCCCAGUGCAGGGGGUCCCAGCAGCCAGGCUGUUUUGGGACGACUCCUGGCCAUGCUGGGAGCCUGCAAGCCUUCGCGCGGUGUCCCUGCCUGCCGGCCCUUCUGCCAGGGGACACUAGAUGGCAUCCCGACACAGGCAGUGCCGCCAGCGCCGGACCGCGGCCGCCGA